AGCCAGAAGCCGAAGACGUGAAGCCCCCUAGCCCCGCGAUCCUCUUCUCCGUCGACGGCGCGAACCCCUGUGCUCGACCCGGCAGGUGUGCUUUCGCUUCCCUUGCGAGGCAAUAUGAGUGGAAGGCAAGAAGAUGACUACUGGCCGCUCUCGGGGAAACCGUUCUUCGAUGUUAUUCUUACAAAGUCACACGUUCAACCCCGUUAUAAUCUGUUCAUUCCUUCCAGAAUGCAUUCGCUGCUGCCGUCACAGGACACGCAAACGGUUCUAGCUUAUAAGGACAAGACAUGGAAUGUUAUGCUGUAUACGAAAACAAAAAGGUUCGAUUACAGUUGGAAACAAUUUGUAGAUGACAAUCAUCUUAAGGCUGGGGAUGCAUGUGUGUUUGAACUCAUGGAGUGUUUAAGUACAAAAGUGACCUUUAAGGUUCAAAUUCUCAGAAGUGACUUCCCAGCUGAAUUGCUGGGCAAGAUCAGUGGUGAGACGGCAGGUGCUCCCAUCGUCAUUGAGUAGGAAAGCCCUUAUGUCAGCUAGAUGUAUCUUUUACUGCCUCAUGUACCACAUUACUAUCCUUAUAAUGCCCCUCCUGGCUUUUUAGCUGCUAGAUAUCUUGUCUCAGUUGUUAUUGUAACAGAACUUUUUUAAGGAGAAUCGCUCAUGUAGUAUUACUGAGCCUGUUAGACAUUGUAAAUAAAUUUGUCCUGUUCUUCUACUCAA